CACUCCAAACGACACACUAUCUCUUCUUCAAGGUCCAAUCAGAGCUCUCUUUCUAUUCCAGAACAAAAUGCUCUUACACAAGUUCACUGUCAAAAAAACAAAACAAAACAGCGACGAAACAAAGCACUACCACAUAACGGCAACGACAACGAAACCGGACACAACACAACGCCGACGAAACCAAAAAAAACGAGAUAUCACAUGACGACGACGGCGGUGCAGUGUGGUUCAAUUGGUAAAUUUCUUCAAGAUGAUGUUUUUUCUCUAAACUAUUUGUUUGUUAUUUUGCUUUUCAUUUUGCAAUCAAUAGUACAAACUUACAAGCUGAUGAUUUCAUUUUAAUUUCAUUUUGCAAGAUGUUUGUUUCGCAACUAAUAAACGGUGCGGUGCUUUUCAUUUUGAAAGUUGUUUGUUUGCUUUUCAUUUUUUCAAGUUGUUUGUAUUACUUACCAGCUCAUGUUACAAGUUGUUUGUUUGUACUACUUACAAACAUGUUUUUUUUAGUUUUUAUGAAAUAUUAUUUGUAUUUUAAUUUUAUGAAAUGAUUUCUUCAAACUUAUUAAGAAAAGUGUAAAAAAGUGACCCAACACACCAUUUCACAUAUAUGUCAUAUAUGUUUUGGAAUAUUAACUUCAUAGUUAUUUUUUUGGAUAAUUAAAUUUCGGAGAUGAGAAAGUUUUUGGUUUCUAGAAUAAGUAUUGAGAAUUUUAAUAUUGUGCAACCGGAAGCCGAAGUAGAAGAAACACCGCCUAAUGUGGCCAAUGAAUUUAAUUCAAAUGAGAUUGUGCGUGAUCCAAGAUGUAGGAAACAAAUUCAUGAGUAUGUUACGGAUAUUCAAAACCAAGUGAGGAGGGCAAUAUUUCCUCGUACUCAAUUUGGGAAGUCUUCAAGAGCAUUUUGUAAAGCAUGGUAUAAGAAUUAUAUAUGAAUUGAAUACAGUGAGUCGAAGGAUGCAGCUUAUUGUUUUUAUUGCUUUCUCUUUAAGUCGUCCGAGAGGGCCGAACACUUUGAUUAUGAAGUCUUCAAUAAAGACUGAUUUAAAGAUUGGAAGCAUGCAUCUAAAGGCUUCAAAGAUCAUAUUGAUAGUCAUAAUAGUAAGCACAACUCAUGUAUGAAGCACUAUGACAAUUAUAUUAAUCAAAGACAAAGUGUGACAAGUAUCCUUUCUAGAGCAACAAGGGAAUCAGGAGAAUUGUAUAAGAUCUGUUUGACUUGUUCUUUAGAUUGUACUAGAUAUCUCAUAGCACAAGGCAUUGCUUUCCGUGGCCAUGAUGAAAGCUCUACUUCUCUAAACAAGGGGAAUUUUAGAGAGAUGAUGGAUUGGGUAAAAUCUAAUAAUGAAAAGGUGAGAGAUGCUUUUGAUCGUGGUCCAAAAAAUUGCACAGUGACUUCCGGUGACAUUCAAAAGGAGCUUGCAACGUGUUGUGCACAUGAAGUUACCAAGGUGAUUAUGGAAGAGCUUGGUGAUAGACAAUUAUAUGUGCUUAUUGAUGAGUCACAUGAUUUAUGUGUCAAAGAACAAAUGGCGGUGAUGUUGAGGUUCUUGAACGACAAAGGGAAAGUUGUAGAACGAUUUAUUGCUCUACAUCAUGUCAAAUAUACUACAUCUAAGGCCCUAAAAGAUGCUCUUUAUGGUAUUCUCGAUCGUCACAUAUUAUCUAUUUCAAGUAUACAAGGGCAAGAAUAUGAUUGGGCUUCAAAUAUGAGGUGAGUUUAAUGGUUUACAAAGAAAGAUUCGAGAUGAAAACUUUUAUGCUUUCUAUGUCCAUUGUUAUGUUCACCGUUUGCAAUUGGUGGUUGUGUCUGUUGCUAGUAGUUGCUCAUCUAUUCAUGAUUUCUUUGAGUACAUCUCUUUGAUUGUAACCACACAAGUGCAUCUUGCAAGAGAGUGGAUGCUUUGAAGGAGGCACAACACCAAGAUAUUUUGAAUAGACUUGAGAGUGGUGAGUUAUCUCAAGGAAAGGGCUUGCAUCAAUCAUCUAGUCUCACUAGACCCAGAGAUACUAGAUGGGGUUCACAUUAUACUACCUUGAUUCAUUUGGAUCAGAUAUAGUUCUCUGUGUUAGUGGUGCUUAGUAUUGAUGAAGAUGGAUGUGGACCAUCUCAAGCGGCGGGUUUGAUAGAAAAAAUGGUGAGCUUUAAAUUUGCUUUCAUUUUGAAGCUUAUGUUAAAGUUGUUUGGUAUCAAAAAUGAACUUUUAAAAAUCUUGCAAACAAAAUAUCUUAAUAUUGUGUUUGCUAUGG